AUGGCUUCUCUUGCACCGCAGAUCCUCGCCGCUCUGGCGUCCGCCUCCAGCCCUGUGACUGAGAGGCGCCAGGAAGGUGACGCUCAGCUCCAGCAGCUUAAGCUGAACGCCACUGUGUACUUCUCCAGCUGCGCCGAAAUCUUUGUUUCGCAGCAAGCUGAUCUACGCGGGCGGCAGCUAGUGGGUUUCCAGCUGAAGAAUAGUCUCGCAGACCCUGCGUGUGCGCAGAACACGCAACUUCAAUUGGCGGUGUGCGAGCACGCAGUCGCCGAUCCGCAGCGUAUCAUCCGAAAUGUCGCCGGCAGUAUUAUCAGCGUGGCGGUGCGCGAGGGGCUGUGGCCUGCGGAGCCGGUCGUCCGACAACUCGGCACCAUUCUCACCCAGCGCAGCAACGAGCUUGGCGCGGUGCAUGGCGCCAUCCGCGCCUUGUCGUACAUCGUCGACGAUGCCGUGUCGCUGCUCGAUGUGGCGGGGCUGACGAAGCCGGUGCUGUUUGCUGCACUGCCGUACCUCACGUCGACGGCCUUUGGUACAACUGGCGCAGACGCGCUUGAGAUACGUGUCAAGGCUUUCGAGGUUGUUGCUCUGAUUUUAGAGCAUGCAGGCAUGGACUUUGAGUCCAGCAGCUACCAGAGUCUGCAGGGCGGCAUCAUCGGCGUUGUGCAAGCGUGCUUCGACAACCUAAAGGCGCCCCUCUCCCAAGCCAUCGCCACACAGUGCAUUCGUUGCCUUGCGCUGUCCCUCACGUUCUACCGAGAUAUCGACGAUGACCUGUUUGAGCAGAUCGGCCAGCUCAUGUACCAGGCGACCACUGCAGGCAACGGGGCUGCUCCGGCUAACGCCGAGGAAGAGAGUCUCCGCAUUGAGGCGACGGAGUUCUGGCGCGCCAUCUUGCACUUCCCUCACUUUGCUCAGGUGGCUCAGUCCACUGUCGUGCAGAUAAUUCCAGUGAUCAUUAAUUCAAUGAUUUACUCUGAGAUGGAGAUCGGUAUGCUGCAGGCGAGUGCCGAGGACUGGCAGGUGCCGGACAAGAUCGACUCAAUCCGUCCACGCCACUACAAAGAGCACAGCAAGACCACUGGUGGCGGUGGCGACGACCAAGAGGAGGACGACGGCGAUGACGACGACGAGGUGGAGGAGUGGAACCUGCGCCGCGUCUCGGCGUUGACGUUAGAUGAACUCAGUCAGUACUACGGCGACCUAGUUCUUUUGCCAGUGCUGAGCUGUGUUGAGGGGAUGAUCCGCUCUGGACCGGCUAACUGGCGCCAGCAGGAGGCUGGUGUGCUUGCCAUCGGUGCCUUUUGCGAGGGCUGCUACGACUCCCUGGAACAGUUUCUGCCUGAUAUUUGUCCGAUGCUUCUGCAGUUGCUCGAGUCGGCUGAUACACAUUUUCUCGUCGUGAGUAUUUCACUUUGGUCAUGCACCCGUCUCGGCAGCUACUUCCUCUCGAGUGAUUCGUUGAUGGGUCGGCUGAUGGCGUGCAUUUUGCGCAAGAUGGAGAACCCAUCUAAGAUGGUUCAGGGUGCUGCCGUCGAAGCGCUUCGCAGUAUGCUCGAAAUGGCGGAGGAAGGGAAGGUGGACGUGGCUACCCCAGCCAUUGUGCGCACCAUCGCGACAUGUUUUGGCGCCUAUCAACUCAAGAACCGUGUGCUUCUCCUCGAAGCAGUGCAGUCUGUGUGCCAGACCCUCGGCACUGCCGUGCGCAGCAGUGAGGAACUCAUCUCCACUCUUCUUGCGCCGCUGGGUCAGCUUUGGUCACAGACUCUGAAUGACAGCCCCCUUCUGUGGAGUCUGUUCGACUGCAUGGCAACCGUGUGCUCCACGCUUGGGCCAGCGAUGCAGCCCAUGACGGCAGAGAUCUUCAACCGCAGCUUCUCGCUGCUGCGCGAGCAUCUGCAGCAUCGACACGCCGCCCUGCAAUCGGGUGAUAUCCCGCCGGAUGAGGAGUUCAUUGUGACCUCGUCCAUCUUGCUGAGUGGACUCUUUGACGCCAUGGGUUCGGGGCUGGAGCCUCUUGUGGCUCAGAAUGAGCCGGUGUUUAUGCAGCUGACGCUUUCCAUGCUCUCUGACGCGUCGCCUCACAUUCGGCAGAACGGCUUCUGCCUCGCCAGCGAUGUGGCGCGCACCUGUCCCAUGCACCUGCAGCAGGUGCUCCCCCAGUUUUGCGACCUUGCGGUGCAGAAUGUCACCCUAGCCGAUGAGUCGUGCUACGCGGUGGUCAGCAACGUUGCUUGGGCGGUGUGCAACUUGCUGGAGCAUCAAGUGGAUGGCACUGGUGCCCCAACGAUGCAGGCAAGCCCAGCCAUGCCACAUCUGUUUGGACUCUUUGCAAAGUUGCUGGGACAGACGAACAUUACGUCGGACAUGCGCAACAUGGCAGAGAAUGUGUCGCUGUGCCUCGGCGUCAUGCUCUAUGUGGACGCUGACGUGGAGUCGAAGGCGGGCUGCUCCGUGGAGCUCUUUGCUGGUGCGUUUUGCCGCUUCGUGCGCAACGUCCGCGAGUCAUCAUCGCUACUGGAGGCAGGCACGAACGGUUUUUUGACCGCAAUACAGCAGAAACCGAGCAUUGUGCUGACGAAUCUUGUGCUCUUUUGCGACCUUGGCUGCUCCGUGGCUGUGGAGGGCAUCGAGGCGAGCCGUAUGAUCCGUGAUCUGCUUUCAAACGCGUUGCGUGCGAACCCCGACGCAUGGUGCCAGGCGCUCGGUUCCUGCACGGAGCCGACACGCAAGAAGCUGUACGAGCGGUACGGCUUUCAGUAG